AAGAUUUAAAGCCAUGGGUGGGGGAAGACGUCUCGACAGAAAUCCCAUCCCCACCAAAGGAAAUCACUAUAUAAGCAGCAAUAUUAGCAUUCAGAAUUUAGUUCGUCCACAUCCACCAUGGAAGAUAUUCUAGAAAUUCCUGAACAGAUGACCCCCCUAGGAACGCCAGAGAGACCCGGUCUGCCCGUGACACCAGGGAAAGACGCGGAACGGAUGUUAAAGAGAUUCCACGAACUAUUUGGAACGCCGCCAUCCCCGCCAAGGAAGCAGAGUGUCCUCGAAUCCCCGGCGGCCCCAGAUACACCAACGGGGCUCGAAGCCCAAGCCGCAUCCACUCCAGGAGAACCUCAAACCGCAGAAUACUCUGACCUAUUGGAAGUCGUCCCAAAGCGACUAAUUGAAGGAGGGACCAAAAGAUACAGAAUUUCAUGCAAUAACGGGAGAAAAAUUGUAAUAAAGAUACCACGAGGGAUAGAUGGAAUCAAACGACUAUAGACGCCAAAAAAAAAAAGACGCCCAUCCGGAGGAAGACUUCGCUGGAACGGGAUAAAAUAUCAAAUUAUUAUUUUGCGUUAUAUUGUUAUAAUUUAGAGUUAAUAAAUUUGCUUUGUUUUCAA